AUGAUGGUACUGAAAGAUCAGAUUCGUGUGAUUAAACUUGGAGAAAGUGAAGUUAGGUACUUAGAGAAAAUUGUUCUUUUUGGAAACCAUAAACAAAGGAUAGAAGCUUGGGAUAAUCGCGGUUACACGCUUCAAGAAAACCUUCGAGCUGCUCAAAUCCAAGGAAUUAGCAGAAGGAUGAUGGGAAUUAUACGGAGCGUAUCAAAGCUUCCUACUUACAGGAGAAGAUUCAGGCAAGUGGUUAAGGCUCUAAUAACGUAUUGGUCAGAGAAACAAGGCUUGAAUCGAAGCGGUUCGAUGAGUUCUAUUUGGUAUACUUCCCGGGCACCAUAUCUUGAAAAAGUUGCAGUCGUUUUUUGUAAACAUGAACGUGCAAAACGGGCUAAACAGUCCACCUUGCGAUUAAGAUUACGAGGAAUUAAAGAUAACGAAAAUUGUGGAAGUCGAACACGUAACUCCUUGAGCUUGGCAGAAAGAAUAGAAAAAGCAGGCCACUUCUCCAGAUUACGGAUUAUGUUUAUGUCAGGAAGCAACGGUAUGCUCCUACAGAAAUCGACGAUUUUGACAAUCGUUUACAAGGUCCUUCUUACACUAAUCGAGAUUUGA